UAUUAAAUACUUGGAGGCAAGUCGCAGAGGGGCAUGCUAGUUACGAUAACACAGAUCAGAUCGCAAUUCGCCAGAUUUGUACGAAUAUGACUCAGUGGGUUUCCGUACUAAAUUAUUAUUUCUCGCAACAAGGAGGAUUCUAGUCUCACACUCAUUGAUGAUUGAGUGAGUCAGCACUGGCAUUGCUGUCGUUGUCAGGCAUGGAUAAAGAUGUGUAGAACUAGUGUAUUUCAAACGAUUAAAAUUACAUAUUAUUAAUGUUAGAUCUAGAAUUUAGAUCUUUUUUUUUUCUAGGCUUACCCUAGAAUAUUUCUGAAAAUGACUUCUAUUUUAAUCAAACCAGAGUUAGCCUCACAAGGCUUACGUCCAUCAGAUGGUGUCCGAGAUAUGAUUUUGAUUAGUGACAUUGAUGAAAAUGGAAUAAAUACUAACCUUAAAGUUCGCUAUAAGAAGGAGCUUAUUUAUACAUUCACAGGCUCUAUUUUAGUAGCUGUAAACCCUUACAAAGAACUGAAAUGUUAUGAACCAAAGGAUAUUAGUAGUUACAGUGGACAGAAACUGAGCCAGGUGGAGCCACAUGUGUUUGCUAUAGCAGAAGCUGCCUAUCAAAGUCUGUUUAGCUCCAGUAUCAACCAAAGCUGUAUAAUCAGUGGAGAGAGUGGGGCUGGCAAGACAGAAACCACCAAGUUCAUUCUUCAGUACCUCUGUUCUGUUACUAACCAUACAUCCUUUUGGACAGAACAACAAAUUUUAGAGGCCAACACAGUCUUAGAAGCUUUUGGUAACGCUAAGACAGUUCGCAAUGACAACUCUAGUCGUUUUGGGAAAUUUAUGCAAGUCUGUUUCUCCGGGACUCAAAUCAAAGGCUGCAUUGUGCAAGACUAUCUCUUGGAGCAGUCCAGGAUUACUUUCCAGAGUGGGCAGGAAAGAAACUAUCACGUAUUUUAUCAGCUUUUAGCGGCUUCUCAAGCCUGCCCUCAUUUAGCAGAGACCUACAUGCUGUGUCCACCCCAGACUUAUGCCUAUCUCAACCAGAGCGGUUGCUAUAGUCUGGACGGUGUCAACGACUCUGCCAUGUUUGACAGCUUGCGGCUGGCCAUGAACGUGCUGGGCAUCACAGAGGAGAUGUCGCAUGGUCUGUUUUCUGUUCUUUCGGCUGUGCUUCUCUUGGGCAACCUGCACUUCCAGGGGCCUGAUGGAGACAAGGAGAAGAGUGAAUUCUCAGACAGCGAUAAAGUGUUAGUAGAGCAAAUUUGUACUCUGCUAGGAUUUGAUGUGCAAAGUUUCCAGGAUAUUGCCUUGUUCCGACAGAUUCAAGUUCGAGGGACUAUUACCAGCAUUCCAUUUAAACUUCAGGAGGCCAUAGAGAACCGUCAUGCCAUGGCUAAGGCCUUGUACUCGAGGACCUUCGCCUGGCUAGUAGACGCCAUCAACAAGUGUACCAACCCAGGCGCGCACGAGAAAUAUUUUAUCGGCAUUUUGGAUAUAUUUGGAUUCGAAAAUUUCCAGAAAAACAGUUUUGAACAGCUUUGUAUAAACUUUACCAAUGAAAAACUUCACAGAUUCUUCAAUCAUUAUGUGUUUGCCCUGGAACAAGAAACUUACAGGGAGGAAGAGAUUGAGUUUUCACACAUCACAUUCACAGACAACACUAGAUGUGUGGAGCUGAUAGAGAAACCACCCAAAUGUGUGCUGAAAAUGCUGGAUGAGGAAUGUAGAUUUCCACAGGGUACUGACAAGUCUUACAUAAUCAAACAGCAUCAGGAGCUGGAGGACCAUGAGUCUUACAUCAAGGGAGAUCGCAGGAACUGGGAGACAGAGUUUGGCAUUCAGCACUAUGCAGGUGUUGUGGUCUAUAAUGUCCAGGGAUUUUUGGACAAAAACAAGGAUACACAGCAGGACCAACUGUUUGACCUCAUGCAUGGAUCUAAAAAUACCUUUGUGGAAGAUCUGACCAGAUUUCAGGAUCUCCUUGGUGUUAGACUAGAAAUCUUGCAAGGGAGACAAACAAUAUCUCGUACUGCCAGAAGUAAGCCAACAGUUGGGGAUACAUUCAAACACCAGCUGAAUGCUUUAGUAGAUGUGCUGGAUCUAACCAAUCCUUGGUAUGUACGAUGUUUGAAACCUAAUUCUGGUAAGCGUCCCAAUGAUUAUCAAGAGAAGGAAGUUCUUCAACAGCUGCGCUACUCAGGAAUGCUGGACAUCAUACGUAUCAAACGAGAGGGCUACCCUGUGCAUGUUCCUGUGGACAAUUUUCUCAGCAAGUAUGGAAUACUUCUUGACACAAAACUGCUCCAUGAGAGCUCAGGUCAUUCAGUGAAAACCAUUCUUACUUCCCUUAAGUUACCCAAAACAGACUGGCAGGUUGGCAAAACCAAAGUGUUUAUGAAAAACAGUGUGUUUGAGCCCUUAGAAGAACAGAGGCAGAGCUUAUUAAAAAGAAAGGCAAUAUACAUUCAGAAAAUGUGGCGUGGAUUUGUUUGUUGGAGAGACUACAACAGAAAAAAACAAGCAGUCCUUAUUUUGCAAGACAGUUUUCGAUCUUUCAGACUUCGUUUGGAUUUCUUACGUAAGAGAAGAGCUGCCAUAACUCUGCAGGCUUGUUACAGGGGAAGACUGGCUCGUAAGCUGGCUCGAGAAAUACGAGUUCGCAAGCAGCAAGAAGAAGAGAGAAAGAGGCUGGAGGAAAUAGAGAAAGAGAGACAGAACAGAGAAAAAGAAUCAGAGGAUCAGCUUGCCAUUGACGAAGCACUCAGGAAAAUGAAAAAGAGACAAUCUUGGCAGAUAAUCUUGAGACAAUCCCAGCUUGAACUGGAGUCACUGACACACCUGAUUGAGUCUAUGUGGACUCACUGUCAACCUGCUGUCACUGCUUCCAAUCUUGACCUCGAUGUCAUGUUUGAUUUCUUGAAAGAAGAGCGUCAUGAAAUCAAAGGAGUGGGCGCUGCUAAGGAGGCAGAGCUGAAGAAGAUUAAUGAGGAGUUCAGUUCCUUGGAUCAUCUCUGGAAAGAAGCUGAGAAAGAAUUUAAGGCUAAUCAUGAGCAGGAGAUUGAGCAAGCUCUGAGAGCUGUGGAUAAGACCAUUGAAGAAUUUGACAGUUCUGGCUCUGAUUCAAGGCCGACUUCAGAACUUAUGAAUUUGGGACAGGCUCCACCCCCUCCUCCCCCACCACCACCAGGGUUGCAGGCGCCAAAUACUAUCCCCCCACCCCCACCACCACCUGGCUCAGUGUCAGGACCCCCUCCUCCCCCACCACCUCCGCCACCACCGCCCCCUUCAUCAGAGAAAAUGGACAGAACCGUUGAACUUCCAACACCUUUGACACCACCCCCUGGGGUCAGCCAAGCUACAGCUUUUAUUUCUUCUUAUAUAACCAUGCCGCCUCCAUCACUCAGGGAUAAAGGGACUGUACCACCCCCUCCACCUCCUCGGAUAUCAUCUGCCACUACCGGAGAUAUCCCCCCUCCUCCACCCCUCUCUGAUCUUUCCAACUUGCCAAAUGGAGAUCCACUACCUCCUCCUCCUGCUGAAGAAAACCCUUAUGCUGAGCUUAAAGAAGUCCAUCAAAGCAUUCAUGACACUUUGGUCAAUGGAGGCUUUCAGACCCCAGGACCAACUCCGCCUGCAGUGCCACCCAUACCACGCAGCUUCCCACCAUCUGUGCCCAGCACGCCUCGCUCCAGCAUGGCUCUCAGGAUAAGUGCUUCCCAUGAACUCAACCUUCCUCGCAAAGAUGCUGAGCUAGGUCAGCUGUCCCCAACCACCAAGGAGAGACUCAGUUUCUUGAUGUCUCACCCAUCUUUAGAAGUGUUGAGCCCACACUCUGAGUCUUCCCCUCUCCAAGAAAGUAUUCCAGAACCUGAUGCCCUCUAUGACAUAUUGGAGUAUGCAGAAAAAUAUUUCAAUGAUCACGAGAGAGAUUUUGGUGGCAUUCUAUUAAAAAGUAUAAAAAAACGAGCCAAACAGUCCUCAUUUAGUGAAAAUGUAACCAAAGAAGAAAUGUUACGUUACUGUAAAAGUGGUCUGAUCCCUACAUCACAUCUACAUCUCCAUGAUGCAGAAAACAUCCAUCAGGCUUGCAAUAUUUUCAGGGAAAUAACAAGAUACAUGAGAGAUGAAGCUAAAGAUGAAGCAGCCAUAAGCAUUAUCCAGAUGGUGAUAAAGACUGGCAUAGACAGGAUAGAGUUGAGGGAUGAGAUCCUGAUUCAGUUGCUGAGACAGACCAAUGACAAUCCUGAGCCUGAGGCAUUGAAGCAAGCUUGGAUACUGAUGUGUCUGUGUACUGCAGCAUUCUCUCCCAGCAAGAACUUGCAUAAGUAUCUCCUGUCUUAUGUGAAGCGUUGUUGUUCUGACCCUGUGGGAGGAAGAUAUGCCAUGACCUGUUAUAAACAGCUGACUGUGCCUCGUGCUACCACUCGCAAACUGCCACCCUCCACUGUGGAGAUAUUAAGUGUACAUAACCUAAGUCCUAUAGUUUGUAAAGUUUUCUUUAUGGAUGGCAAGACUAAAGCAGUCAGCCUAAACUCAGUGGACACUACACAGGAUGUUCUAAUCAAAGUGGCCAAAAGAAUUGGCCUUCAGUCUGUGGAAGGCUGGGCGCUGUAUGAGGCAAAUAAAGACACAGAGAGAUUUAUUCGCAGUUAUGAAUACAUUGCUGAUAUUCUAGCUCAAUGGGAAGGUGCUGAUCACCUGUCCAUACAGCCCACAAAGUAUGAGACUGUCUCAAGGAAAGGUCCUAAACUUGCACUGGGGGGAUCCGACAGCAAAUUGUUGUUUAGAAAACGUGUUUACAGACAUGUUCAUGACAUUCCUAAUGAUCCAAUUGAAUAUCAUCUGCUGUAUGCUGAAGCUGUGCACAAAGUUGUCAAGUUUGACGAGUACAGCGUCUCUGACAAGGUGGGUCUUCAACUGGCAGGUCUGCAGGCUCAGGUCAUCUGGGGUCGCUAUGAGCCUAACAAAGAAUUCAGAUACAGUGAGGCUGACCAGUACCUUUGUAAGAGAAUUCUGGCCUCAUCUGGAAGAAACUGGUCCCAGGAAGUUGCUAAAGCACACAUGCAUUAUGGGGGAGAUAAGAGUGAUUUAGAGGCUAAAGUCUGGUACUUAACCUGUGUCAAACAGUUUGCGCUCUACGGUUGCACACUAUUUCCCAUCAUGCAUAAAGGCAUGUGGUCUCACACGAGUGAGUCCCUCCUGGCCAUCAAUAUGGAUGGUGUGAAGUUUGUACGAUCUAAAGACAAGUCUGUGAUUCAUGACUUCAAGUAUUCUGACAUUGAGUCCAUCCAGAUUGACUCCAAUGAGAACUAUAUCACUCUUGAGCUCUACAACUCUGCCCAGUCAGGCAUUGCCCAGAAGACAUUUGUUUUUGAGACAAGCCAAAAAGAGGACGUGGGUCAUUUGAUAGCUUCCUACUCACCCACACAUGCUUCCUGGAUGAAGUCAGAUAAUGACAGCAUGAAGAAGCAAAUGAAGAUGUCAGACGAGGAUAAACUGAAGCUUUAUGAAGAAUUAGUCCGGUGUAGGAAAGCUCUUUCAGAAACUAGACUGUUGCAGAGACCAGCACAAGACUUUGGUUCUGGCUUUUUAAGAAAUACUUUGAGAAGGUUGACCAAAUCUAAACUGGACAAACUGAGAAGUUUGUCUAGUAGUGAUGCAAGUACAAACUUUGGUCUAGACUUUUGGUCCUACACCAAGACUGUGAUCAAACAAAGUUUGACUAUCAUCCAUGAUCCCAGCUUGGAGGAAUCUGCAGUCAAAAUGUUUAAUCAAAUUUUGAUUUAUGCUGGCAUAGAAGAAGCUGAAAAUACCAAUGAGGCUGAAAAAAGCAACAUGGUUCAACAACUGAUGCAGAAAUGUUUGGAAAGUGAUUUCAUCUGCAAUGAGUUCUACAUGCAACUUGUGAAACAGACCACUGAUCAUCCAGAUAAGAAAUAUAACCUCAAGCCAGAUCCAAACAGUACUGUAAAUUGCCGCAGUUGGCAGCUGAUGGCUGUGACCACUAGUACUCUGGCUCCUGCCAACAUGAGAGUCCACAAGUAUGUUCAAUGUCACCUGAAGAAGUGCUCUAUGGAUACUACAACAGAAGAAGGAAAGUAUGCCAGGUUCUCAUUGAAGUGCCUAAACAGAACUGCUGAAAAGAAACGCAGAAAAUUUGCACCGUCACUUAAAGAAAUUCAUGCAGUCAUACAAAGGAAACCAAUCACCCAGAAGGUUUUCUUCCUCAAUGGGGAACAAAGAAUUAUUGAAUUUGAUUCAGCAGGAACAUGUGGGGAGGUAAUCAAAACUGUCAAAACUAAAAUAGGAAUGAGAUCAGACGCUGAAUGUUUUGCCAUCUAUGAGAUGAUGGGCACGUCAGAGCGUGCCAUGACAAGUGAUGAAAGAUUAUCAGACACUGUCAGCAAGUGGGAGAGACUGUCUCGCAGUGGUGCUAUUCGUGAUCUGAAGCUGGUUUUUAAGAAACAUUUGUUUAUUGAUCCCUACAUCAACACCAGUGAUCCAGUAGAAUGUGAUCUUCUGUUCAAUCAACUGAUUGAAGAUGUGUUUGAACAAAGAAUACCAAUAAGUCACAAAGAAGCUGUUCACCUGUGUGCACUUAAAGUUCAAUCUGAAAUAGAAGAUAUGAAGUCAGGAGAUAUUGAUUACACGUCUGUGAUGCGUAUCCUGCCUAGAGAUAUGCGCUGUACAGUUCGGCCAGAGGAAGUGGCCACAACGCACAAAACUGUUCUAGAUAUUAGUCCACAUCAGGCAAUUCUUUCCUUUAUUAACUUGCUGAAAAACUGGUCUUUAUUUGGAGCAACUGUUUUUGAAGUUUCUCAAACCUAUACAUCAACACUGCCUAAAGUAUUACUCUUAGGUGUGCAUCAGAGAGGAAUAUACCUUCUAGAAGUCUCCUCUUUUAGCAUCCUUUCCUCCUUCACGUACUCAGAAAUUGUUCAUGCAAGUCCAGCCAUUAAAAGUAUUAUGAUAGUUAUAGGGAACAUGGCUAAAGGAAUCAAGUUUAUGUUCAACACUAAUCAAGCACAUCAGAUUUCUCAGUUGAUUAAAGACUACAUGGAUGAGUUGCAGGCUCGCUACAUGUUCACACCUCCAGAAAAUGCCAGCAGAAUCUCCAGAGUGUAUGGAUUGGAUGACCUUGAGAGGCAGAAUGCUUUCAUCCAAGCAAUAGAAAUAGACUGAUGAAAGAUGAUGUAGAAAUAGAGCAACACUCUACUAUUGGUCAAUGGCUUCAAAACUUGACCUACUCUACAUGAUGUUAAUGUGACCUAACUAACUGGAUUGGAUUGUCUUCAUUCAAUGGAAAGUCAAUACAUAUUUUUUUUUACUAUGCUACAAAAAGAAAGCAUAAUCAUUUUUUUUGGUCACUAUUUAUUUGUUUUGUUUUUGUCCAGUGGAUGAAUUUAAGUCUCAAAGCCACAUCAAUUUUAGACUUUUUUUUUACUGAGUAAAUCAUUUAAUCCUCUGGUUAUUUUCUAAAAUUUCAGGGAUGACAAAGUCAAAACAAUCAUUUGUCAAUGAAUAUAAUGUACAAAGUAUGAAGUGGAAUUUGUCCAUUUUGAUAAAUGUAUGGGAUGAUGUCUUGAUGUUAUUUUAUGCUGUAAUUAUACAUAAUGCUUCAAACUGCAUUUGGACUUUUGAUAAAUAUUAUAUAGUAUGUUUUACACAUAAACCUGUAUAUUUUUUAAUCAUUAUUGAACAAGUUGACAAGGGAACAAAACAUGACCUAUAUAUUUAUAUAUAUUGCAUGUCAAGUAUUUAUUCAUUAGAUAUUGCUGUUGUUAAUUUGAUUGAACACUGUUCUGUAGUGUGACUGCAGAUGAAGUGUUCUUACUUUUGUAUGUUUGAUGUUGAGGCACAUUUUCCUCUGUCUCCCUUCCCAUGAUGUUAAAUCACCCUCCGUGGCUGUGAGCAUGUUUGAUGUUGUACAGUGAUUUCACUAAGGAAUGCAGCAUAAUAACCACCCCAUUGUUGUGGCUGAGUUCUUCCAACAUUCACAGGCCCACAGAAUGCAACAUAAUAACCACCCCAUUGUUGUGGCUGAGUUCUUCCAACAUUCACAGGCCCACAGAAUGCAACAUAAUAACCACCCCAUUGUUGUGGCUGAGUUCUUCUAACAUUCACAGGCCCACAGAAUGCAACAUAAUAACAACAGUUGUUCAUGCUUUUUGUUUUCUUACAUUCACUGGCCCCCAUAGAUCUUUUUUUUUUUCAUGUGUUUUUUUUUUUAUUAAAGUUGUACACUUUGAUGUUAUAAUUAUUUAAAAAAAAAAAAAUUACCAUGACAACCAAAUAAUUUUGUUUGUUGAUAGACAUUAUUUGAAAGACAACAGUAAGUCUUCUAGCUUGAGUUAUGUUUGAUUGAACUUGAUAUUAUUUUAUACCAGAGCAAUGAAAGCAUUAUCUCAAGAUUUACUUCAAAAUGUAGAGAAACAUUGUGUAGCUUACCAGUUUUUCUGAGAUUCAAGUUUGUGAGACAUUUUAUCUCUCUGUCUGUUUAUCUAGGACAUGUUGUUUCUAAGCGACAUUAAGUACACAUUUAAUCUACAGUAAUAAAUGUUCUACUGACAUACAAGAUUCCUCUAUAGGUCAAUCACUGUGAUAUGUUUGAAUGUUUGUACACCCAGUAUCACAGGAUUCUGAAAUAUGUACAUUAAAUGUUACAGUUCAGGACUCAUGUCCUACAGGACAGAUGAAGUUGAGUGAUCAAAGGACAAGUGUCCUUCAUGUUCACUAGACUGAUGUCAUGUAUCUUUAAGUGCAGAGUUCACUGUCCCUUUGAAGAGUGUCUACAUGUGUUUGAUUUGAUGUUGACAUGUACUUACUGUCUUCUCUGAAUGUUCAGUGUUAGAAUACAUCUUUGAUCACCAAGUCACUUCCCACGUUCCAUGUAUGUGUGAAUAGUUUCUCUUUGAGUUUGUGACAUUGUUGAAGAAAUUCUAGUCUUGUGACUGUCCAUAUUGCUGCCCUCCAUGCAGUGUAAUGUAGUUAGACUUCUGUUUCCCUUAGUUUAUGUGCACAUUUUUACGCACAUUGUAAGUCAACAAAUGUCUUUCUUUUCGACUUGUUUUUGGUGGUUGUAGAUCUGAUGUGUAAUUGAACCCAAGGAAGAUUCUACCUGAAAAUUGGGCUGCCAACAUUUUAUGUAGCAGAUCAUGUUUCAGGCUUUCUAGGGUUCAUUUAGUUGUCAUUUUAUGGAUGGAAGAAAAACAAAGCCACACCAUUUCUUUAAAAUAUAGUCUCAAGUGUUUAUGUUGACAAUGUUAAGUGCAAACUUUGAAUGUAGUUCUGUGUAUAUACAUUGUAACUGUGCAAACAGUAUUGUAGUAAAUAACUGUAUAAGGCUUUUUGUAAGAAGCAUUUACACUCAUUUAGCAUUAUUUUCUUAUUGACAAUAUACUGACUCAUAUAUCCAGCAGCUUUCACUUUUUCAGAAAGCUGCUGUUUUAUUUUGUUUCUGUACUUUGAUGAUGUUUUGUUUGUUUUGCAUUUUUUUACCUGUUUUUUUGUUACAAAUACUUCUUUCCUUUAUCUAAAAAACAUUUCAAAACCAUUAUUAAUGGAUCAAUAAGGGGAAGUAACUUCUAUGACAUUGUAGCGUCUGUUUCCUGAAUUGUUUAUGCCAAAACAUUUAGUACUGAGCUGUACAGUUUAUACUGAAGUGUUGACCUUUUUUUUUUAAAUUUGAUAUGAAUCAUUAAUGAAUGGAUCACAGAAUUCUCAACUAAAUGUAUUUCUUAACCCAUGCCUGUAUCUUAUUAUAAAAAAAAACCCACAACAGUCCAGGAUUUUGUAUUUUCUUUAUUCUUGAUUUUGUAAUUUAAAGUUACUUUAAAAGUAUUUUGUUUGUGCAGUAAUGUUUAAAUUUUUCUGAGCCUGUAAACUUUGAUUCAUUUUGUCAAUUAUUUUUUUUUAUUAAAGUUAAGGAUUUGUUUAAAUCAAACUAUAAUGAAAGUUUGUUAUUGACAAGCUGAAUUUAGAAAUCUUUUUAACAUCAAGGAAAUCUUCUAGAUGUUAUUAAGUAGUUAAUAUUCAGUUUUGAUUCUCUGUAUUGUUUUAUUUCUUAAAUGACAACAGGCAUCAGUCAAGAAUUAUUUGUUUUACAAUCUAUUUCUCCUGAUCUGAACACAUAAUGCUCUGAGUUUAUGUCUCAUUAUAUUUUUUGUGCCGUUUCUAAAACUUUAUCAUUAAUUUGACUGUCACAUUUUGUAAGGACAUGAUAAAGACAUAUCUAGUGAAAUGAUUGUAAAGAAUUUUGUUUCAAUAACAUACAAUCUAGAACAACAUUUCUUAACCUGCAUAGUUAGAGGAUUGAAUAUUUCCUGUAAGGUCUGGGAACAAAAUAUAUGACUAUAGAGUGUUCCAAAAGAAGACAGUUGAAAUUGACCCCAUUGUUUAUAAGUGGUCAGAAGAUUUUAAUAGGUUGGGCACCUCUGGUCCAUGCAGCUAUUACCACAGUGUAAUAAUGAAAUGAUUAGCUCAACAUUGCUGCUGAGAUGGCAUUAUUGGACCUACUGGUAGUGUGGGAAGAUUGUUUUGACUGCACAAACUUUGCUAUGUACAUAUCUCAUAGCUCCACUUUUUAUUUAUUAUGGCACUGACCUGUACCGAAGUGAUAUACUUGAGGGCGCCUAGAUGUUUGCAUAUUGACAUGUAGAUUUUUUUUUAUUUGUUGUAUAAUUCUAGGGUCAUUCAUCUAUUCAUGUCAGUAAUGAUGAUGGAAUUAUCCUUAGAAAGCAGUCAAACCAAAGGUUGCUGCAUUGGUAGUCAUUGACAUGAACUUAGCACAAAUAAGAUUCUGAAUCCUAAGUUUCUUUGUUGUCUUACUGGACUGUGCCAAAUCCAUUGUAUGUCAUUGUUGCAAUCAUACCAUUUGUGUUCCCCCCCAUGAUUGUGUAUCUCUAGUUAUUACUGUAACUCCAUGAGUCUCAGAUGACAUUUGAAUGUAAACCAAGCUCAAUCCAAAGAGUGUCACAAAACUGUUGGUGCUUUCAUCUUCAUGUCUAUAUUUCAUCAGUCACCUGCCACUAAUGUACUGCAGUGGAUUGGUCAUAGUACAAAUGAUGGACCUUGUGUUCUUACUCAACUUGCUAAGGCAGCCUGCUAGUUUCUUCAUACAUAUUCAGUUAGACUCCAUUCUGUGUUGAAUGAUAUGUUCGUUGUUUUCAGUGCAAGAAACACACUUGUACUAGUGCAGCUUUCAUCUGAGUCUAGUAUUACUCUUAGAGAGGAAAUAAAACAGAAACUGUUAGUCUAUUAGACAUGUGUUUAAAUGUAGAACAUGCUUUCCAUCUACAACACUAAUGUAACCAGCUUCUUUCAUUUAUUUCUAAAAGUAGCUAUCUAGCCUCCUACUACAUGUUCAACUAUGCAUGGACUUGAUCAUGUAUUAUACAAGUAUCUCUGAGGCAAGAUCUGCAAGUCAAAUACAAAUAUUUUUUUUUAACAAAACAAUGCGCAAGUAGAAAUAGUUUAAGUUCAGCUGGCAAGUCUUUUGUUUUUAUAUUCAGAAAAAAAGAUUCAAACAUUAAUCCUUGGGUUUUAAUCCUAUAGUAAUAAUAGCCAUAGACGGAUUUUGGGAGUCAGUUACACAGACCGGAUCUCAAACAAGGAAAUCCUAUGCCGAACUGGGAGUCGAACACUUAGUGAGGUUGUGACUGAGCGUCGCAUGAGGUUUGCGGGACAUGUUCUACGUCAAAAUGAAUUACGCACACCAAGAGUUGCGAUAACCUGGAAGCCAAAACGAGGAAAGCGCAAACAGGGACGUCCUCGUAUUACCUGGCGACACACCUUCAUGGAGGACCUCAGAACAGUGGACACCAGAUGGGAGGAGGCUCCAGACAUUGCCAGUGACAGAUCAUUAUGGAGACAGCUUGCCGCCCAAUGCGCCGAACGGCGCGGGAGGACCUAAGUCUAAGUAAUAGCCAUUGAGUUUCUCGUAGGUUUUCUGUUGAUGUUUUCAUUCAUGCUUUCUCUCAUUAUACAAUUCAUUUCAUGACACUUGCUAAAUGGCUGUUUCAAAAUGUGAAAGAUUCAAAUUUGACAUGUUUCCACAUUCCAAAUGUUUUGUUACUUUUUGUUCUGUUUAUAUAACCUAGGUUACACCUAUCUAUGUGACGUGUUUAUAAAUUGUCUUUUUUUUUAAAUUACAUUGCAAGCACAUUUCAUUUCAGUUGUUAAAUUAUUGACAUGUCACAUUUGAUUUUGACUGACUUCAGUUAUGACUCUCUCGUGACCUUAUUGGAACCAUGAGUUGAAACAUUUUCAAUUAUGUACUACACACAUUUGGAUUGUGUUUUUUUUAAUCCAAAGAUGAAGAACAACUUCCAUUUACUCAGUGUAUUUUUUAAAAAACUUGCUGUUUCUGAGUGCCUUUGUUUUCAAGUCUUUGAUUGCAUAGGUAAAGUUGCUUGAUCAAAACAAAUUUAAACAAAAUAACAAUUUUAUUGUUUACAUCCUAUUUUAUUGACAGCCAUUCUACACUCAACUAUACCAAAUAAAAGGAAGAAAGAGAAUUGUCCUAUUGUUUUGAACCAAACACAGAACAAAUGUUAAUAUUAUUUGGAAGGUUUCAAUAAUGAGAACAAAUUUUUAGUUUUUUUUUUAUAGUUUAAAUUUAAAGCACUCUGUUAAAGCCCAGCUUCUUCAUUUGACAAGAGAUGUCCACACAUAUUUAACAAAAAAAAAAAAAAAAAAAAUUAAAUUGAGACUAGUGUUUGUUUUAUAUAAUUUAUAUUGUAGGCUUAUAGUUUAAAGUAAUAAACUAGUAGUUAAGUGAUACUGGCUAUGUAAUUAAAAAUUUGAAUUUUUAAAAAUUAUUUUCUUUAAAUGAAACACUUUUCUUUGGUCACAGUCCAACACAUUAAUGCUGGUUGCUGUGGACCAAAUUAGUUUGUUUUUUUUAUGUUCACACACAUCAUGAUUAAGUGGACUUUUCUAGCCUGUGACCAAAGCUAAGGAACAGAUAGUUGUAUAACUUAUCUUUGAUGUCACAAUGUGCUAUGUCACCCAGUGCUUAUCUAUGCAUUAAAUGGCUUGCAUGUUUGUCUCUAUCAUUUCCCAAUGGUUCAGUUGUUAUGCUAACAAUGUACGUAUGCUUCAAAACUUGUGCAAUCAUUAAACUUAUUAUUAUUACA